CCCCCUUCCUGACUCUGACUUGCUCACUCAGAGCAGCUAGCUGUUGCCUUUCUGCCUCCGUCCCACCCAGCCGCCACCAUGAGCCAGUCUUACUCCUCCAGCCAGAGGCUCUCCUCCUACCGCCGUACCUUUGGUGGGGCAGCCUCGCCAUCCUUCCCACGAGCCUCCUUUGGCACCAAAGGCUCCUCUUCCAGCUCGGUCAGCUCUCGGGUCUACCAAGUGUCACGCGCUGCCGCGCCACCCAGCCUCUCCAGCUUCCGGGCCAGCUACUCAGCCCCGCUGCGCUCAGGCUACCAAGGCGCUGGUGAGCUCCUUGACUUCUCCCUAGCUGAUGCCAUGAACCAGGAGUUCCUGCAGACCCGCACCAAUGAGAAGGUAGAGCUGCAGGAACUCAACGACCGCUUCGCCAACUACAUUGAGAAGGUGCGUUUCCUGGAGCAGCAGAAUGCACUCAUGGUGGCCGAGGUCAACCGGCUCAAGGGCAAGGAGCCCACACGGGUGGCCGAGAUCUACGAAGAGGAACUGCGGGAGCUGCGGCGCCAGGUGGAGUUGCUGACCAGCCAGCGAGCACGUGUGGAUGUCGAGAGAGACAAUCUGCUGGACGACCUCCAGAAGCUGAAGCAGAGGUUGCAGGAAGAGAUCCACCUCAAGGAAGAAGCAGAGAACAAUUUAGCUGCUUUCAGAGCUGAUGUCGAUGCAGCCACUCUGGCCCGUAUUGACUUGGAGAGGCGUAUUGAAUCCCUGCAGGAAGAAAUUGCAUUCCUCAAAAAGGUGCACGAAGAGGAAAUCCGUGAGCUACAAUCACAGCUGCAAGAGCAGCAAGUCCAUGUGGAGAUGGAUGUUUCGAAGCCAGACCUGACAGCAGCCCUGCGAGAUAUCCGCGCCCAGUAUGAAAAUAUUGCUGCAAAGAACAUCUCUGAGGCUGAGGAGUGGUACAAGUCGAAGGUGUCUGACCUGACCCAGGCUGCCAAUAAAAACAAUGAUGCUCUACGCCAAGCCAAGCAGGAGAUGAUGGAAUACCGGCACCAGAUCCAGUCUUACACCUGUGAGAUUGAUGCACUCAAGGGCACGAAUGACUCCUUGAUGAGACAGAUGAGGGAGAUGGAGGAGCGCUUUGCGGGCGAGGCUGGCACUUAUCAAGACACCAUCCAGAGGCUUGAAGAGGAGAUCCGACACUUGAAGGACGAAAUGGCACGGCACCUGCGCGAGUACCAGGACCUGCUCAAUGUCAAGAUGGCUCUUGAUGUUGAGAUUGCCACUUAUCGCAAACUGUUGGAGGGCGAGGAGAGCCGAAUUUCACUGCCCAUCCAAACUUUUUCUGCAAUCAACUUCAGAGAGACCAGUCCGGAGCAGCGGAGCUCUGAGGUCCACACCAAGAAAACAGUGACCAUCAAAACCAUUGAGACACGUGAUGGGGAGGUGGUCAGUGAAGCUCUGCAGCAGCAACACGAAAUGCUGUAGAUCCUCUCACCGCCAGAGAGGCAACUGAGCCGUAUCAACCCUCUCCUUCCUGUGCGCAAAGACCUGGGGUUCCUGGCUCCCACACACUCUCCCGCACGCCCAUUCUGUGAUGAUUCUGCUGGAGAACCCCACACACUCAGUGGUGUGUGUGAGGCUUUCCUCGCACCCAGCUCCCCAAAGCCUCUCUCCUUCUGCUCCACUUAUGCAUUUCCUGUCCCAGAAGCUGUGGGGUGGAAGGACCGACAGAGGCAUGCAGCUCUGUAUGCGUGUGUGUGUGUGUGUGUGUGUGUAUGCGUGUGCAUGCGUGCAUUGGAGGGAGGGAGGCUUCCUGCCACUGUAGGGUCUGAAGCUCUGGCCAUCAACUGCAAAUAGAACUUUUGCCCACCCAAACAUGCAGAGACCCACGUAAACAUGCCCUGAAGACAGCUUCACCCCCUCUCUAAGCACAGACACAAGCCCCCUGCCCCCUCAAGGUGCUUCUAGCUGUAGUGGCAAUGUGUCUGGUCUUUAGGCUAUGGAGGGACAGGGGAAGUGGUGGUGGGAGGAGAUACGGGUAUAGCCCAGAGAAUGAGGAUGAAUCAACUGCCCAGCCUUACCUCCGGGACCAAAGCCACAGAGCACCCCUCCCCGCAGUGGAGCGGGACUCCUUGCCUGGGGGUUGCCGUGGCUUGCAUCGCUAGCUUCAGUGAAUGACUGUCCCUCCAACUGAGCAGGUCUCCUUAUUUGGACUUGCUAUGUUGAACCAGGAUUUACCCCCUUGCACCCAAGUUAGGGCUUCCUGUGGGUUGCAAGGGUCUGGUUCCUCGCAACCCACAAAGAGGAAAUAAGUGGGGCUGCCUAGGGCUUGGACUCUCCUGGAUGAAUGCCCCCAGGCUGCUGUGAAGCUCCUCCUAGUCUGGGACGUGGGCUGUGAGGGCUGCCAAAGAGAAGAGGGAGGACUCUGAAUCCCCGAUUCCCCCACUAGAGCUGCCCUUCUCUUGAGGAUUAACCCCAUCCCAGGUCCCACCCUUGACCCACAGUAGGGUGCUAUAAGGGGCUGCUUUAGAAUUAUGGGAGUUGGACAAGAUAAGAGAAGGAACUGGCAGGUGACAGAUUAUACGGGGAAGAGAGAAGGAGUGAGAAAUAGCUUGUGGGUGUGUGAGUGAAAGAGGAGAGAGGAAAUGGAGAGAGGCUGCUAUGCCCUGACCCUCCCACCCUAGCACAGACCUGACUCUGUCAAGCAAUUAAUAAAACAUGAAACACAAAACUGUCUGGUCCUUCCUGGAGCUGUGGUAGCCGUUUCCAGUCUUCUGGCUACUACUGUACUUGGGUUUCCUUGCACAGUUAUGGCUGGAUUCUCUUUGGCUGAAGGAAAGUUCGUAUUCCUGAACUACAGUCCGAGGGCCAAGCUACAUGUGAUAUUUUUUGUAUUAUUAAAUAAAAGGCUGAACUGGG